AUGAGUGAAGUCAAAUCCCUAUAUGAGUCUUCGAGAGUCUCAUCGUCUUCCAGCACCAAAGAAAUUUGCAUCACCUCCACUCAUACCGAAGAUGCAACAUGCCAUAUUUGGGAUUUAAAAUCAGGACAAGUUUUAAAUUCUCUAAAGAGAAUUCGGACCAAUCAUGGAUGCAUUACUUUCAUUCCCGAGCAUUUAUAUCUCAUUGCUUCUCAAUCCGAUAAGGGAAGAAUUUUUAUUUAUGAUAUUAGAAGAGAGCAGCCUCUUUUUGAAUGUCCAGUAGCAGAAAAAAUUACAAGUCUUGUUUCGUAUGGAGUCUAUUGCUUUGGAGGUGGAGAGAAUGGUACCGUAUAUAUUUGGAACAUUUUGUCAGGAAAAUUAUUGAAAAUAUUUAAUGCUCAUUUGAAGUCUAUUACUGCCAUGGAUGUUAAUAGUGACUUCUUAGUUACAGGAUCUCUUGAUACUUUGAUUCAAGUUUGGAAUUUAGCAGAUUUGCUGGAUAUCAGAAACGAGGGUGAAAGACAACAAUCUCCAAUUUAUUCUCUUUCCAGCCAUGCAUUAUCAAUCACAAGUGUUCAAUUGUCAAAGAGUAGUCACACCAAAUUGAUUACCACCAGUUUAGAUAGAACUUGUAAAAUCUGGGAUUUGUCUUCUGGUAUCGAAAUUUGUUCUAUCGUUUAUCCGUCUAGUGUUCAAUGUGGAUCAUUAAGUGUUAACGAACAAGAGUUAUUUGUCGGCUGCUCAAAUGGAUGUGUUUAUCAAAUGUCUCUCUAUCCACACAAACCUCAAUAUAUGGAUGAGAAUGAAGUGAAUGAUGAGAAUAACUUGGAGGAUUUUGACCCAUUGUUGAGUGGAGGAAAAAUGGUCGUCAGUGAAUUAGGUUCUUCUUCGAGUGGAACAAAAACUCUAACACUUGAGAAUGAUACAUCGAGCGAUCACUCUGUGAGUAGGGGAUCCAAGUACUCAUGUUAUACAUUUAAGGCGCAUAGCAAUUCAGUCACGACAUUAAAUUUAUCUAAGGAUGGUCUGAUUUUAGUUUCUGGAUCCAAGGAUGGAAAAUUAAUUUCGUGGGACGUUCGAUCAAGACAACCACUGAUCACUUUCAAGAAACACUCUAUUUCUGCAGAUAACGAGAUCACCAAUUGCAUUAUUGACACAAUUAACAUGACUCAAUUUUCCACUUUCCAUAACAAUGAAAUCAUCAAGACUCAACAAGAACAAAAACAAGUAAGAAACACUUCAACUCUUUCUGUGAAACCUUUUAAAAAGUUUGUGGAGACUCAACAGAGUUUUUUGGAGGUGAAUUUAGUUUCUGAUAAUUGGAAUUGUCUUUAUUCGCAUCCUGAUUUUGAUUUGACCCUACAAAAUCAUUUAGUUUCCCCUCUCCCUGCUUUGCCAUCAUCCAUAGCUCAUCAGUCCCUUCAUUUAGUGAAUUACAAGCCAAAGAAAGUUUCAAAGGGAAUCCAAAAGAAGGAUGCUGGUUAUGCCAAGAAGGUAUUACAACUCACUAAAAGGCUUGCUGAUAUGGAGCAACUGUAUAACCAACAAAAAACUUUGAAUGAACAACUCACAGAGUUACUUGAGGAAAAAUCCAAAGAUGUCAAUCCACCAGAAUCCAAUACAAAAGCUACGCCCCAAAAGAGUGGAAAAGGGUUCUUUCAUAGAAAAUUCCAAUGA